AUGGAUGUUGAUGUGGAUAUCGAAGUCCUCAACAGGCUACCUGUGCGGUCACUUCUACGAUUCAAAUGUGUUUCAAAGUUAUGGAUGACGUUGAUUUCCGACCCUAACUUUAAGAUGAAGCAUCUCAAUCAUGCCAAGAAUGACGAAAAUUCCCAAAAAAUCCUUGUUAACCAACAGUACCCUUAUAUUGAGGAAUUUUCCUUGUAUUGUUCUUCUUUAUCGUCAGUUCAACAGGUUGAGCAUCCACACAAAUUUGAUUGUCCUUCUAACAUUAAAUCAUGGCAUCACACAUUAUAUUGUUGUUACCAUGGCUUGGCUCUUAUAGGGUUUUAUAACUAUAAACUAGACUUCCUACCUUUGCUAUGGAACCCUUCCACAAGAGAAUCAAUAGUCCUCCCCCCUCCGAAAAUUCUUCCAAAUGACUAUUGUACGUGGGGAUUGGGAUAUGACUCAGCUAGUGAUGACUAUAUGAUCCUUAAGAUUGAUGAAAAAUCACGUAGUGAAAGUCUCGCGUUGAAAAGUGGUUCCUGGAGAUUAAUGGAUAAACAUCCUAUUUGUGACGUUCACCCUAUGCUUACGUCUACCGACUCUUUGGUAUUUGUCCACGGAGCAUUUCAUUGGCUUAUUAAUUCCUUAAGGAAAUAUUAUGUGGUGUCAUUUGGUAUUUCAGACGAGGUGUAUAGAGAGAUACCCUUGCCAGAGCAAAUAUACUUGAAAAAGUUUCGGGAACCGGGUGUUUCAGUAUUGGGAGGAAUGCUUUGUGCUUAUUCUCAUUACGUAUCUCGUAUAGAGGAUGUUUUUAUGUUUUGGGUAAUGAAAGACUAUGUCAGUGAGUCUUGGACUGAAUUGUAUACUAUACAAGGUACCGAUCUUAAAUCAGCCAUACCAAAAUAUAUGUUUUCAGAUGGAGAAGUGCUACUGUGUUGCAGACAUUUGCGUCGUUGUUAUUAUGAAUUUAGGCCAUCUAAAGGACCGUUUGGAGUAUGGCCUCAAUCUAAUGUCAUUCUGAAAGGAGUUUAA